UUUCUGCCACAGUGAAAUUAGGCCCUUUUGAGUCCAUGGUUCCAACUCUUUGGUGUAUCCAACACUGAUCUUAAAAGCCUUGAGCAUAAUUGCUUUGGCUUGUGCUCAAUUAGGCUUACACUAAUCAGCUCAUUGCUGGUUAAUGGGUGACACCAUUUAAACACAUCAUGUCUUUACACCCAUUUCUCUUAGCCCACAGAGGCAUCCACAUGGCAGGUAUUGUUCAUCGUUACCGUAGGAGAAGGUACCAUCAAAGGGUGCAUGCUGAGUGUGCCAAACCACUCGAGCAAUACACAUCAGAAGAACUGUAUGCACAUUUUCGCUUUGGGAGAGAUGACAUUAAGUACAUUGCAUAUCUUGUCAGGCCAACACUCCAACACCAGACCCAAAGGAGUCAUGCUUUAUCUGUGGAGGAACAGUGCUUAAUUGCUCUGCGCUUUUACGAAUAUGGGACUUUCUACCAAGAAACUGGUGACAAUAUGGGAGUGAGAAAAUCAACCGUGAGUAAUGUGGUGAAGGCUAUGUCAGUAGCACUGGGCAGUCUGAUCAAUCAAUUUGCUUCCUUUCCCAAGGAUGACCAGACAGCUCAGACUAAAAACAAGUUUUUUCAAAUGGGGAACAUGCCUAGCGCUAUUGGUGCUAUUGAUUGUACUCAUGUGCAUAUCCAAGCAUCUUGUGAAAGAGAGUGGGAGUAUGUCAAUCGAAAGGGGAGGCACAGCAUCAACAUCCAACUUGUGGGCAAUGCUGACCUCUGUGUUGUGAAAUGGUCGGGGAAUGUUCAUGAUGCACGUAUUCUAAGAGAAAGUGCACUAUACAGAGAGCUUCAAUCCCACCGACCAAAUGGCAUAGUAUUGGGAGACAGCGCGUAUCCACUCCUACCAUGGCUAAUAACCCCUUUUUCAGUUGCAAACACACCUGAGCAGGCACGCUUCAACUCCUCACAUUGCAAAACAAGAUGUUCCUUUGAACGCUUAAAUGGAGUCCUGAAGAGACGGUUUGCAUGUCUUAACUACUUGCGAGUACAACCCAAGGUGGCAUGCAACAUAAUCCUUGCCUGUACUGUUUUGCAUAACAUCGCCACAAUUUUGAUGGACCUGAGCCUGAUUUAG